AUGCCUCCCAUGCUGCAUGUUGGCAUUGGCCGGCUCCACUUGUUCUACUCGACGUCGGCGCUGCGGCACCAGUGUGUGCUCUCCGACCUGGCACCGGCGGCCGCGCCCGCCACCGUCGGUACCGGCCGCGACAAGGAGAAGGGCACGGGCGGCAAGAGCCGCAUGUCGACCAACAGCCGCCACUCGGACAGCGAGCACAGCCUGCGGCGAGUCGACCACACCGAGCCACUGUACCUCUUCCUGGACAGCCUGGAGAGCUCCGUGAUCUACCUGAAUCUGCACACUGCGCCCCCCGAACCUCCACCUGAACCUACGACUCCUGAACCGCCCAUCGGGACAGACGAGUCGCUGUCGCCGACCGACCACAGCAUCCGCACUGGCCGGAGCGCCGUGACGCAGAGCGGUGACAGCGCUCCGGGCGCGGACCCGUCCGUGCUGGCCAGCGGCACGCUGCGACACGUGGCCCGGCUGCUGGUGACCUCUGGCCGCGGGUUCGCGCUCCGGCUGGGCUCCAGCAGUCAGUUCCGCUGCGGCACCGUCCGGGAGCUGCUGCACUGGCUGGCAGAGCCGCCGCUGCGCUACCUGAAGACUGGAAGCGAUGUGGCCGACGGCUUGCUGCAGAUGAUGCAGGACUUCUGCUCUGGCAACGUCAGCACAUACCGCGAGAGGAUGACGGCGCUCUACCAGGUCUUUUGCCCCGUCACAGAGCCGGACGAGAAGGCGCUGCGUGUCUUCUACCAGGAGACGUUCCUGCAGUGUUUGUGCGAGCUGCUGCCGCAGCUGCUGGGCAGCACCGUGAACAGCGAGUCCGUCUUUCCCUGGCGCUGUUUCCUUAUGAACAUAAACCAGCAGACGAUGCGGUGUCGGCGGGCCACCAGCCCAGCGCCGUCCAAAGACCGGCCCAAGAGCAAGCGGCCGGCGCAGACCAAGAAGGAUGUCGGCUCGAAGGGCAGCGCCCAAACCGCCAAACGCGGCGGCAAGCAGGCGCGCGACGACUCGGAGCGACGCACGGCCGCCGACGACGUCGCCAGCAGGGGCUACGGCGCUGCGGAGUCGGCCGCCAUCAUCCAGCUGCAGGCGUUCGCCCGGAAAAUCCUGGCCAAACGGAUGUUGCACGCGCACCGGGCCGGCACGUCCGAGCACCAGCGCGUGCAGGCCGAGCUGGCGCGUGCCACGCCCCAGCUGCAACAGCAGGCCGACCAGCUGGCCUCUGAGAUACUGAGGCGCAUGCUGGACGCCACCCGGUCUCUGGUGCACCGGUACAAGUUCUAUGGCGACCUCUUCCACACGGCUAACCGGACCGAGGUCAACGGAGCGACGCCCGAGGUGGCCGGUCAGCGCUGGUUCCUGCUCUUCCGGCUCGGCUUCCGCGUGUUGACUGAUGAGAUGGUGUUGGUGAGACCUUUCGUGUCGGCCGGAUUCCCGGUUCGAAUGCACCUGGUCGAUAUGGAGAAGAAGUGCAUCCUGGACCCGCCCGGCCACAUGGGAUACCCAAUCGAAGCGACGAAAACGCAGGAGGGGUACUGCCUGGUGGCCGAGGGCCUGGCCCGGCACGACCCACCCCCCGGCGGCCACUGGACGUGCUGGCUCCUGGACCAGGUCCGCGACCUCAGCAUGUUCUCCAACAACAAGCUGAUUCAGGUGGCCGCCUGCUCUUCCACCUUUGUCACCAUGGAGAUCCGGGACUACUACGUGCCGCGGCCGGACGAGGUCGUGUUCAGUUACUACAUGAGGGCCGGCAGGGGACACCAGCUCACACUGCAGAUGGAGGCCAGCCACGAGAAGGCGCUCGUGGACGUCCAGAUCUUCGACAAUGAGAAUAAACUGGUGGCUUUCGUGGAAGGCCUGGGUCAGGCCGUCAUCCCCCUGUUCACGCUGGACGGCGAGGAUCCGUUUGUGCCCUCAGCCCCGAGGGACAAGAAAAGAAAGAUGUCGGCAUAUAAGAGAGAACGGACGCAGGCGGCGGACCAGACGACAGGCAGGAAGGGCACCGCCAAGUCGCGCGGGCGAUCGCGUCCCUCCGACCAGGACCGCUGGCCGCCUGGUGGCGGGCAGGCGCGGCCCGAGCACUGGGACCGCUACCGGCUGGUGGGCCGCGUGCGGCGCGACUCCUGGCCGCUGACGCGCGCCCAGUGGGAGUUCGUGAACAAACUGACGCAGGUCAGCGUCGCCCAGCAGUACAUUUUCGGCCCCUUUGAGUUCAGGUCCCAAGUGGUGCUGACUUCUGCUAAGAAAACGAAGAAGGGUCGCAGCAAAUCGCCGGCGUCAAAUAAAACCAAAAACAAUGCAGCGGCGACCCCGGUCUUUCGCGGGCCGGCAGUCCCAACGCCCGAGCCGGUCCGGAGCCGGGCUGACCUGGACACCAGCCGACCGCACCUGACACUGCGCCUCGUGAGCGCCGAGCAGCAUGCAGAUGACAUCGAGCUCUUGCACAACCGUGACCGCAUCAACGCCAUCAAGCUGGAGAAGUCUGCCUGGGAGACGGCCGACGCUGGUCGAGGGGACAGGGCGCGCAAGACUCGGCUCGAGUACCUGGACCAGAAGACGUGUCGGCUACCCCGGGACCACUCGGCGCCGGCAGCAUCAUCUCACGAGGCGGACGAGCUGUCGGCGGUGCACUCGGAGGCGGCGCCCCGCGCCUCGCCCGGCGCUUCGGAAGAGUUCGAGCUUCAAGCUGAUGCGGAAGGCAGGGUGGUGGAGCCGCAGCCGGAGCCGCAGCAGGAGCCAGAGCUGGAGCCGGAGGCGGAACCCGAGCCGGAGCCGGAGCCGGAGCCCGAGCCAGAGUUGGAGCAGGAGCAGGAACCGGAGCAGGAGCCGCUGUUCGUUGAGCCUCAGCUGCCACCGGCGUUCGUGCUGCAGGAGGUGGACACGGAGCAGUUCCAGCGAGACGAACCCACCCGCAUCCGGUUCAACGACGACAAGUACAAGGAGGAGCAAAAUACACUUCACGAGGACCGGAUUCGGCAGUUCGCGCAGCGCUGGGCAGCCGUCAACACGUUCAUGUCCUGCGAACAUGGCGGCCGAGAGGUGGCCAAGGUAGAGCAGAUGACGUCACUGCACGGCUCCAUGAAGCCCGUUGUCACCUCCCGCGCCUUCGCCGACGUGAUGAGGGAGAACUACAGGACCCGGCUGUCGGAAAUGCUCGCCGCACAGGAACAAGUCCAAGCAGAGAAACCCAGCAAGAAAAAGAAAUAGACCGGAGUUGUCCGCUGUGACUGUGUGUGUUCACCCCGGAUAUGUGAGUCGAUUGCCUUAGAAAAUUGAUGCGAAAAAUACAGCAUGCGUUACGCAAAACUCACUGAAAUACAUAUUGGAACGUC